CUCCUCUCUCUCUCUCUCUCUCUCUGGUUCAACGGGCAAGUUUUGGUUUUUAACGUUCCUUUCGUCUUUCUUCGUGCAUCAUAUCUAUCUACCUCGAGGAGCUGCGAUUUGAAUCCACCUGCUUCUUCUCCAGACGAGAUUUUGAUGAGAUCUGGGUUCUGUGUUCUGUCUGGAUUUCUUCCAGGAAGUGAAAAUGGAGAAGGAGUGUGUAGAGAAUAAGCAAUCAAGGGCUGCUGCUGCUGCUGCUUCUUGCUCCUCUGUAUCUGAGGACAGUACUGGUGGUAGUAGUAGUACUUUCCUCAAGUCACCUGCUGCUGUUGCAAGUCCUGCCACUGUAUCUCCAACUCAUAGGAGGACGAGUGGCCCUAUACGGCGAGCUAAAGGCGGGUGGACUCCGGAAGAGGAUGAGACAUUGAGACAAGCAGUUUGUAAAUUUAAUGGCAAGAGCUGGAAGAAGAUAGCGGAGUUCUUCCCUGAUAGAACUGAAGUUCAGUGCCUGCACCGUUGGCAGAAAGUUUUGAAUCCGGAUCUUAUCAAAGGACCUUGGACACAACAGGAGGAUGAGAAGAUCAUUGAACUUGUUAAAAAAUACGGCCCUGCGAAAUGGUCUAUCAUCUCAAACUCUUUACCAGGUAGAAUUGGGAAGCAAUGUCGAGAGAGGUGGCACAACCAUUUGAAUCCUGGCAUCAACAAGGAUGCUUGGACUCCAGAGGAAGAGUUAGCUCUCAUGAAUGCUCAUCGAGUCCACGGAAACAAAUGGGCUGAGAUUGCUAAGGUCUUACCCGGCAGAACCGACAAUUCGAUAAAGAACCACUGGAACAGUUCACUUAAGAAGAAGUCAGAGUUCUUCUUAGCUAACGGUGGCUUACCAACGAACAGAGUUCCUGAUAGUGCAACCAAACGUCCAGUGUAUCUUCACAGAAGGGAUUCUGUUUCAGUUGCUCAGACCUCUUCUGGAACUACGCAGAUAAACAAGCUCGAUGGAGAAAGAAAAGAGCAGUUAAACUCUUCUGUUCCGCUUGAAGAAGUUUCACCAAUGGCCGGUUUUGAAGAGUACGUUCGUUCUUCUCAGCUGCCUAAACCAGAGCCAUCGCCAGAGAAUGGUUAUCAUCUUAACGACAAGAAGCCUCAAACAGAGGAUCACAUGGCUUCAGAAGCGGAUAAGCAGCGUAUGUAUGGGUAUGAAUGUGGUUGCAGUCCAAGCGCAUCAUCACCUGUUAUCUUCUUCACUCCACCACCGCCUUGUAGAAAAGAGUACAGUAAUAACGGUUCAGCUCCAAGGAGUCCUGAGUCUUUCCUGAGAGAAGCUGCUAGAACAUUCCCAAACACGCCUUCUAUAUUCAGGAAAAGACGACGGAAGGUGGUUGUUGUUGAGGAUAACAACAGAACAGACGAAGUAGAAGAAGAAGCUGCUAAAGAGGUUGUUGAUGAUGGAAAGGUGAAUGGUAUCUCAGAGAGGGCUGAUUGUGAAGAAGAGAAGGAGAAUAGUGGAUCAAAUGCUUACAACUUAUCUCCUCCGUACCGGAUAAGAUCCAAAAGAACAGCUGUUUUCAAGUCGAGACAGCUUGAGUUCAUCUCUCCGGAGGAAGAGAAGGUUGAUGAUGAAACCAAAUCAUCUGAGAAAGAUAAGUUGCUUGAUGGAGGAGAUUCUCAAGUCUCAGGCCAAGAUAAAUGAGUUGCUUUCUCCAUUACACGCUGAAUAUUUUUUUUAUUGGUUAAUUUUGUAGUAUCAUCUUUGGUGCUAACGUAAAAACUGUACUUAAAUUGAUUUCUCCGUGAGUUAGGUUCGGGUUAAUAAUACCCACACAAAAAAAAUGUAACAGUAUGUUGUAACAAAAAAUGGAUAUCAGUUUCAUUCAUAUAUAAUAUUCCUCUGUUUUCCUGCAA